UGUAGCCACCGCGCAGUUUCCCACCGGGUCUGCACGGCGAACUUGUGCCGGCACAGCUGUGUCUGCGGCGCGGGGACAAAGCGUGACCCGUGACCCGCAGAGCUGUGCCAGCAGACGCCCGCCCGGAGCUGCGCGUAUCUGCACAAGUGCGCUGCCACUGAUAGGGCUUGUUUGCGUUUCCGAGCGUGUUUUGCCCCGACGCGGGUGGCGCUGCUGCCGGGGAUGUAGCGGGUCAGACGUUCAUCCCCCCGGCUCGGAAGGGACGGCAGGUCGGCUGUACUUUCUGCGGGGGGUUCUCCUCCCACAAGCUCGGUCGCUUUUGCGGUGGGGAUUCUCUUGUGGAAACUAACAGGGAUGCCAAAGGAAAAAUAUGAUCCUCCGGAUCCGCGCAGAAUUUACACCAUCAUGUCCGCAGAAGAGGUGGCCAACGGGAAGAAGUCGCACUGGGCUGAGUUAGAGAUCUCGGGCAGGGUGCGGAGCUUAAGCACGUCCCUUUGGUCACUGACGCACUUGACCGCUCUGCACCUCAAUGACAAUAAUCUCACUCGCAUUCCGCCUGAUAUUGCCAAGCUGCAUCAUCUGGUUUACCUGGAUCUGUCAUCCAACAAGCUCCGAAGUUUACCAGCAGAACUAGGAAACAUGGUAUCUCUCAGGGAAUUGCUUUUAAAUAACAAUCUCUUACGGGUUUUGCCUUAUGAACUUGGACGGCUCUUCCAGCUCCAAACCCUCGGUCUGAAAGGCAAUCCUUUAUCACAAGAUAUUCUCAGCCUCUACCAGGACCCGGACGGAACUCGAAAGCUACUGAACUACAUGCUUGACAAUCUCGCAGUUCAUCCAGAGCAGCUGCCUCCGAGGCCAUGGAUUACUUUAAAAGAACGAGACCAAAUUCUGCCCUCAGCUUCGUUCACAGUGAUGUGCUACAACGUCCUGUGCGAUAAAUACGCCACCCGGCAGCUCUACGGCUACUGCCCGUCCUGGGCGCUCAACUGGGAGUACAGGAAGAAGGGAAUCAUGGAAGAAAUCGUCAACUGUGACGCGGAUAUCAUCAGCCUCCAGGAAGUGGAAACAGAGCAAUACUUCACCCUUUUUCUGCCAGCCUUGAAAGAACGAGGAUACGACGGGUUCUUUUCUCCAAAGUCACGUGCCAAAAUCAUGUCUGAGCAGGAGAGGAAGCAUGUGGACGGCUGUGCAAUAUUCUUCAAAACCGAAAAGUUCUCGCUGGUGCAGAAGCACACGGUGGAGUUCAACCAGGUGGCCAUGGCCAACUCGGAAGGCUCGGAGGCCAUGCUGAACCGCGUGAUGACCAAGGACAACAUCGGCGUCGCCGUGGUGCUGGAGGUGCACAAAGAAUUGUUUGGUGCAAGUAUGAAACUGCUUCAUGUGGACAAACAGCUGCUCCUUGUGGCCAAUGCCCACAUGCACUGGGACCCCGAAUACUCAGACGUGAAACUCGUUCAGACCAUGAUGUUUGUCUCGGAACUGAAAAACAUCCUUGAGAAAGCCUCCAGCCGGCCUGGGAGCCCGACCGCGGAUCCUCAUUCCAUCCCUCUGGUGCUGUGUGCCGAUCUCAACUCAUUGCCCGAUUCAGGUGUAGUGGAAUACUUAAGCAACGGCAUAGUAGCCGACAACCACAAGGACUUCAAGGAGCUGCGUUACAACGAGUGUCUGAUGAACUUCAGCGGCAACGGGAAGAACGGGGCUUCCGAAGGAAGAAUUACACACGGCUUCCAGCUCAAGAGCGCCUACGAAAACAACCUGAUGCCUUACACCAAUUACACUUUUGAUUUCAAAGGUGUGAUUGACUACAUUUUCUAUUCCAACACCCACAUGAACGUGCUCGGUGUCCUGGGGCCUUUGGACCCUCAGUGGCUGGUUGACAACAACAUCACGGGGUGUCCGCACCCCCACAUCCCCUCCGACCACUUCUCACUGUUAACACAGCUCGAACUGCACCCUCCGCUCCUGCCUCUUGUCAACGGCGUCCACUUGCCCAGCAGGAGGUAGUGGAGCCCCCGGCCCCGGGGAGGGCACGGACCUGUGCGUAUGGACCUGUACAUUGUAAAUCAGAUCUAGCGGAGUGAAGUAUGGCCAACCUUCAGCUGCUUCUUCAGGCUCCUUUCCUUCUGUGUUUGAUAGGAGAUUUUUGCACAUUUUGGUGCAGAUCGGUAUCAUUUGGCACUAGGGCUGGAACCAAAAUAUUAUUCCUUUUCCAGGUUUUUAAUUUAAUUGUUUUUUUAUCUGGCAAGCUCUUUGUUUUUUUUCGGUAGGAAGCUGCACUUCUGAAUGGACAAAUGAGAUUAAAAACUUGUCUGUUACCAUAUUGAAAGGUAAUGCUUUUGUUCCGGAGCGUAGCAAAACGAGCCAGCCUGUUAGGAGAGGGAAAAAAACCAAAACAAAAAUAGAAAUGCUUGUUUUGUAGGAGGAAUAUUAGAAACACUGUUUGAACCUAAAAACGGAGGCUGAACUCUGCAUCCAAAAUAAAUUUUGCACAUUAGCAAAGCACUUAAUACCUGCCCAUGAAUGGGGAGCAGUGUGGCCCUGCCCCUCACCCAAAUGACGUUAGAAAACCAAAGAUGGCUUGAGAUCUGCAGGAGAGGGCGAGGUCUGAGUUCUGCGGGUGUCAGGUGGUGUCCGGGGCCGUUUCCCGGUGAGCGGUAGCUGCGUGCUGCUGGUCUUGGCCAGAGCUUGGAAGAACUCGGUGCUUUCCGGGUGAGAUCCGCAGGGGCUCUGGACACGGAGCUGCCUCGGCCACAGCCCGGGAGCAGGCUUUAAAACGGGAGGAAAUUCCACCGGGUGUGAGCCCACUGCAAGUGUUCCCGUGAAUCCAGAGGGUGCAAAGCCAUCCCGGGUUCCCUUCUGCAAAGUUCAGGCGCACAGGUGGGAAACUGGGGAUGCAGCGUAGGGUCCAGGAGACGUCCCCGUCUGUCUGUCCCGCGCGUCUGUCCCGGGACAGAGAGCGGCGGCCGGGCCCGUUCCCCGGGUUGUUCCUCCAGGCCCUGGUUGCCAAACAGCCACCGCACAUCUUUUAAUCCCGUUUCUCUGUUGUUGGUCAGGGUUGGACCGAGAAGCUGCUGGUUCAUUCCCAGCUGUUAACGCUCUUGGAUGCGUUGGAAAUGCUUAGUCUCUUGACGCUCCAGGUGGCCAGUUCAAGCCUCGCGCCUCGAGGGGCAUUACACCUAACGCGAUUUUCUGAAAGUGGUUGGCUGCUUAAUGCUAAAAAAGAAGGCGGCACAGUGAUCCGCAGUGAUAGGAAAAGGUUGUGUCUGUGUUUUUAAGUUUUUCUUUAUUCUGCUUUUUUGCUGCUAUAAGAUUUUCUUGAAUUUAUAUUUUAAACUUUUCAUGCACUUUACUGUUUCUAGUCUCAAAAAUGUGAUAUUUUUAAUAAACGAAAAAACUUUC